AUGCGCGUUUAUGGAUUUUCUGAAACUUCUUUGAAUUGACUCACGUUUUUUUUCCUGAAUACAUGAUAUUACGUGUGAUAGUUUGGCGGGGAAAUAUUUGCGUGCGUGCGUGGAUUUUCUGAAACUUUUACGAAUUGGAUAGUUGGAUUUUACCCAGUUUUUUUCGCUUUCUUUUUCUGAAUUGAUGAUGUUACGUGGGUUAAUCCGCUAGGGGAAGUGAUUCCUUACAAGUUAGCGUAUUUCAAGGUCGUGGGGAAUAUGCGAAUUUACUGUAAAUGAGUGAGCACAGCAGGUUUAGACAAUGGCAUUAACGGCCCAUCAGUUGCAGGGUUCUUACUACGUUUUUCCAAAAAGUCCUUCACUGUGGAGCAGAGGGAACAAGUUGAAACAUUUUCAAACCCUCCAUGCAGCUGGGCGAAACAACAGAUUCACCUCCUUGAAAUGCAAAUCUUGUUUAAGUGUAGGAGCUCCUUCUGUCCUUGGAACAAAAACACAGUUAUUUAAAAUAUCUGCUUUUAAAGGUAGCAGUUCUGAUGAUGCUGGAAGCAGAAGUAGUGGGUCAAAGACCCUGCAGAAUCCUGUUAAUGUUUCCUAUAUACGACAUGAAAGUGAAGAAUCCUCGGUGAAAUCUCCGGUUCAGAAUAUUCCUCUUUCUUGUACAUCAACUGCAGAUGAGACAGCAAUCCAGUCACUGUCUAUACAAAAUCUAUUUAAGAACUGGUUGAUGUUAUUGCGUGUUACAUCACAAAACCAACAAGUGAAUGAAGUUCUUGAUGAACCUUCAUUGGUAGAAACUUUGGAAACACAAAACAGUUUGCGAAAGCUAGAAAGAGUUGUAUUACUAAAGGCUGUUUGGUGCUCCUUUUUAGGUCUGGACGCAACAAUAAAGAUACCUUUAUUGAUAUUCUUCCCUUUAUACCUGGCAGUUAAUUUAGUAUAUGGAUCUGUAGUUUCCAGAGAAUUAACCCCUUUAUGGGUUCUUGGACCAUUAAUUGUUGCUCUCUACAUUAAGAUGGUACAGCUCAUUUGUGGGCUCUAUUCAUUCAGCUUCAAGCAGGCAGUUAAAGUAGUUAAGAACCUGCCCUUCUACUACCUUUUGCUGCAUAAUUAUAUUGUGCGUGGGAAGUUUAAAGAAGGCAUACGUUCACUUAUAUGGCAACACGUGAGAAACAUGGACUACAAAGAGGUAAUGAAGCGUAAGGCAAAAGAUUUGGAAAUUGGGUUGGUGGAGAAAUAUCAGGACUAUGUGGAAUCCAUAUGGCCAUUUUACUGCAGAAUGAUCAAGUUCUUGAAGAGAGCAAAUCUAGUGUAGAUUUGGGGAUAGAAAUGGUUGCAGGGCAUGAAAAUUGGGAUUCUUUUUUUCCUUUAUUUCCUUGUUUUGGGGUGAAAAAUAUUCUCACGGGCAACAAUUCCUGAACCCCGUUUUGGAAUCUGGGGUUCUUAAUCCCUUUGCUCUGCUUUGCCAAAUUUGAAUUUAGCCUUAAUGAUUUUUCUGUGGGUUCAUAGUGAAGCCUAAAUUUCUGAUUUUAUUAUUGUGAAAUUAUCGAUGA